AUGUCUCCUCUCACCCCUCCCCCCCACCCCGAAACAACCUUCCUGUUCCAAUUUAUCACUGCGGUUUAUCUCGAGAAAGCCGUCUACGAUGGCGGCGCGAUAUCCGUAGACACCGUCUCUGGCGGCGACAGCUCGGGGGAGGAGACGAGCGCUUCGACGCAGGCCCUGAAUGCCACGGUAGACGACGAGAACUCGGUGCACCUACUCUGCCAGAACACAACCUUCGUCGGCAACGUUGCCGGCGAGAGAGGCGGCUCUCUCUACUCCAGCACGGUGGUGGUGAUGGCUCUGACCGGCGUGGUGCUGGUGGUCGGGGUGGUGAUCGUCCUCAACGAUCUCGUGGGGAAUCCUGCUCUGACCGACCUCAGCGAGACCCACUUCUCGGUGAUGUCGAGGAGGAUACGGACCAUUCCGUUCCACAAGCUCAAGAUUCCCUUCGUCGUGCUCCAGAUCAUAACGCAGUACGCGUCCAUCACGUCGAUCGAGUUCGCACCGGUGUUUCAGACUUUCUUGUCUACCAUCAGUGUCAUCAACCUGGAUUUGGGGUGGGUCUUGACGUCCGUGUGCAUCAUCGAUGUUAACUUCUACGGCAAUCUGAUUGCGGCAACAGUCGGACCGCUGAUGGUGUUGCUCGUGCUGGCCGCGACGUACUUGUACACCUGGUGA